AGGCAGGCGACGAUUGACCGUGAGCACACUUUCCUAUCAGCCUAUCAGAGACGAAGGCGCCAAAGAACCAACAUCUUUCCUUUCUCCAGUGGUCCUGAGAAAACUAAAGACGGGUUACGUAACGUAAGGCACCGGAGUGUAUUUACAUACAGUUUAUUCGUUGUAGCCAACUCGAAGAGGAGUUUGGUUUCCUGUCCCGCCUUAUUCAUCGACGUAACCUUAUUAGCAAACUCGUCCUUCCCUCAGCUCGACCAAUCCACGCCUCUGCUUGUGGAAUGCUCCGCCUGUCUUGUCCCUUGACCGGCAGUGCUGUGCUAUGAAGAACGGUACGCUUGGGGAAUACUAUUUACCUCGCCAACGCAGUCGAGGGGUGCCGCAGCGUUUGGAGACAUGACCCAGUACCUCAACAGCAGCCAGAGCAACGGCGGGGACAGCCGGCCCUUGUGGGGAUCCCUUGGUAGCCCCGCCAGGCUGUAUUGUAAGCUGGCGGGCCGGGCAGACGGCGCCCGGAAUGGCAGGAACCAGUGUAUUACUGACUUCUUUCUGCCAGCUCCAAAGCAAGAUCGAGCUGUGUUAUGUAGUCCAGAAAAAAGAAAUGGGAAGGUUGGGCUUCCAGUCUCACAUGCAGGUCAUCCUAGAAGAAAUGUAUCUUCUCCAAAGCAAAAUAGAAGGAAGAAAUUUCCACCUCCACCCCCUGAUAGAAGCCCUAUAAUUGAUGCAUUUUUCAAAGUUGCUAAGAUAGAGAAAAAAGACAGUUCAAAUAAUGAUGGAGCUUCUAUAGCUCUGGAAACCUCAUAUGCAAAAGUUGCAUCCCGGAAACUCUUUACAUCAGAAGGCUCUUCGGACUGUUCCUUCAAAAAUGAUACUUGUAUGAGGGACCUGGAAAAGAGUGAAAAAUGUCCUGUUCAAACAAGAACACCAUUAGUAGAGAACAGUAGAGAAUGUGAAAUGGAAUAUAUGGAUCUAGACACAGUCAGUCCAGUCUUCAACAAACAGGUUUCAGCAUCAGAAAAUGACAGCUUGCGAAAAGAAAGCCAUAUAUCCUGGUGCCAAAAAACAAGUUGUUCCAAGAUGCUGCAAUCCAGUCCAGCAAAUGCAUUGCAUCAGUCAUCAACAGAGGUCCUUGGCAGCAAUAAACAAGAUACCAUGGACUUCUUAAGAAAAAGAUCAUGUUCAGCUUCAUGGGAAUCUUCCACAGAUUGCGAUCAUGACACCAUCCUUCCCUCUUCAAGUGACUUAAAUGAGUUGAAUGAUGAAGAUUCAAAUCUAGAGAUAUACAUGUCGAAUAAAAAAUUACGGAGCCUUUCUGAUAGUGAAGAUGGGAAUCCUGACUGCAGUCUGGACAGCAGUGAUGAUGAGAUACUAUUGCCAUUUGAGGAAAUACUGGCUCGGAGUGCCAAAUCUCCAAAAAACCCUGAACCCAUAAGUGAUGAGGAUGAUACACAAGAUAUUGUGAUUCCAUCACACAAUAGUCUUCUUUCCAAACCUUCCAUUGAGACUCAGGUCUCAUAUGUCAAUCGGCUGGAACAUCUUCUGAAGGAGAAGGAGGAAUUCAGAAGGGUAGAUGAACUAGAGAAACAGCUUCAGGAAGUUAAAUGGGAAGUUGAAAGAGACUUGUCUAAAGAACUACCUAAUGAUGGAGAACUGUCUGCUGAACACAGAGCCUUUAUAGAGAGAUAUUCAGUAAUUGAUGCUAUUCCAGACCAGCACCCUGGAGAAAAUAUAUUCCAAAUUGCACAGGCUGGGAAGAUUUUCAGUCAGCAUAACCUUGAUCUGAGGAAUUCUGGAUUCUUUCCUCAUAAUCCUAUUGAAAAAUACCUUCUUGGCUCGGGAAUAACUCAGCAGCUUUUUGUAAUUAAUGAAGGCUUACUUAUGUCUGCUUACCAUAGUUCUCCUUGCCCAGUACCCAUUUUAAAGUGGAUGUUUCGGAUGAUGUCAGUUCAUUCAGACAGAUUUGUUUCAAAGAAGAUUUUGGAUAUGUUGAUGGCAUUAACAAUUAAAAAUGCAUCGAUUUCUGAUCAACCAAGGCUAUGGAUUCCAUCGCUAUUUGAUAUAGCAACUGUGUUAAUCAAUAUGGGUGUUCCCUUUAACACACUAUUUCCUCUGCUGCAUUUUCAGCCUACCUUUACUGAGGAUAAUAUUAAGUCUGAAAUGUACAGGACUAUGGGGAAUCAAACCACUGGAGAUUUCUCAGAAAAUCUGCCUUUUUUCUUCCUGGUUCAAAGCUGUCUUUGCAACAUGGCUAAGUUUCUACAGCUGUGUGUAGGUAUAUGCCCAGAACAUUACACAGACAAAGAAAUACUUCUGUUGCUGUUACUUUUGUUUAAACUGAGUCUGGAAAAAGAGCUGAAACAAUAUCCCCUAGUGGACUUGGAGUACCUUAUUAUAAAACUGCUGGAAAAUAUCAGAAGAUGGGAUACAGAGAUGCCCAAGUUGUGUCUGGCAAUAAGUGACCUGUCCAGCCAUCACCAUGACCUCUUGUGGUUGGUUCAGUUUAUUCCCAAUUGGACAUCACGUGGAAGACAAGCAAGACGACAUCUUAGCUUGGUAGUAAUUUCAAAGCUUCUUAAAAACCAUGUGAAUAUACCCAGUAGUGAGGACCAACAGAUGGCACUUCUGUGCCAGGAUCUGGUGGAGAUGAAGCCUUCAAAUUGUUUAAAGAAAAUUACAGAAACAGAGAUGCAUCAAGAUGGUCUUAGUAAAGAGUCUCUUCUCUCUGAAUUUGAGCCCCAGGCCUACUACCUUACCUAUGUUCUGCUUCACUUGGUCAGGGAAGCUAGCAAUUCUGAGGCUGCAUAUUCUAAUCAAAGGAAAUGGCUGCUGAAGCUCUGUAGUACUCUGGAAAAACAUGUGAAAUGUGAUAUCAGGGAAGAUGCCAGGCUGUUUUAUAGAACAAAGGUGAAAGAUUUAGUUGCCAGAACAUACAGCAAAUGGCAACAGAUGAUCCAUAGUUCUCGGCCUACUCAGGGGACGAUUCAUGAUUUUUGGGAUCCAGAUUCUUAAAAUGGAUGGAUUGGGAAGAGUGUCAAAAUCAGUUCUUCAGACAAGGAAACAGUGAUUGAAAACUACAGAACUAAGAACAGGAAGAAGAUAUCCUGUAAUUGAAACUUCACUUCUUUGUGUGCCAUUAGGGUUCUUCUGUGCUCUUUCUUCAAUAUCUUAAAAAUAAGGAUUUUUUAUAAUAAAGAUUAAUCCUGUUUUUUUUAAGAGUCCAGAUUAUGUUUGGCAGGUAGCCCUUUUCUAUUUGUAAGGAGUCUUCAAGCCAGUCUGACUUGAACUCUAAAGCUCCCCCCACCAGUAAAGUAAAAAUCUGUGUAUUUUAAUGUUCUUUUCACUCAGUUCCUAAUCCUAUAAAUGAUAGCAAUGACAAAGGAUGUCACUGUAAAGUUGACCAUGAUGAAAUAAAUUUUAGACAAAGUAAUAAACGUUUGGUUUGGUAUCAAAAGGAACCCUCUCUGAGAGCCUUGCUAAGGUUCAGUUCAUUUCUAUGGCGAAAGUAUCUGGGGAUCCUUCAUACAUCAUAUUCACUAGUGAUGGCUCUUUGGAGUGGUGUGGUGGAUCUGUGAAAGUGAAAGGUGUGCUGAUGAUAGGUCAAACGCAUGAGCUAAAAUUUUAUAUAAAAAACUGCUCUCAUUGAUAUCAAUGGGGCUUAAUCUCGAAUUCUGUAAGCAAAGGGGGCAAUAAACAAACAGAUUACAGACAGUGCAAGCCUAAAGAGUUGUAACUUUCUGAGAUGAUUUAAUUUAGAAGAAUAUAACUCUGUUUAGGAUUACACUGUGGGUCUGGUUUUAAGAUGUUUUUAAAGAAGAUUAAGAUGAUUCAUGGAAAUACAAUGCUUAAAAGUAGCAAAGUUAUAUGAGAUUAGGCAAAAGUCUCUUUUUCUGAAAAUAUACGUAAAUGUCCAUUCAGAGACGAGCUUAUUCUUCUGUGUUGUGUCAUGCCCCUAAAAAGUAUGGAUUAUGUAUGUAGAAUUUAUGUAUUCGUAUUCCAUAAUUAGUCUUCUGCUAAUUAAUGACUUGGAUGUAUAUUGACUAACUAAAUCUCUAUUUUACUUUGUGUGCAAUUACAUAUUCUAAACUUUUUGCACUGCCAUAUUUAUGCAUACAGAAUUUUAGAAGCCAUAACAAAUGUAAAUAUAAUUAUGUAGAGAUAAUAUAAAUCUAAAAUGUUUGAUAUUUACAAUUGAUACUUUUUACAUUAAUUGUUUUAAAAUAAAUUUGUUAUCCAUUUCAAGUGUCAGUUUGCAAAACAUUAACAAAAUGGAUACAUAUCAUGUUGUUUACAUUUAUCCAAGGGUACAGUUCAUCCAAGGGAACUUUGCUGUUGAUGUUAGUGGAAGGUACCCUAUGAAAAUUCUUCAUAUUUUCAGUGCUUCUCAAAAUUUCUCUAAUUCCAAACCAACCACAAAGUGGGAGUGGAACGGGGAAAGACUACCUCAAAGGGAAUGUGUCUCUUACAACCCAACUGUUCAAAAGAAGCACAUAGGAUGCAUUUUACUAACCCUGCGUUCCAUGGCCAGGACCCAAACAGUCCUGUGUAUGAGCAGAAAUAACUUCUUGCACAUAGGGAAGUUGUUUUUUCUUUCCAGUUGCAGCAUUUUCAGCUGGGAGGAACCUCUAGGAGUUGCUCUUUGGCAAGGGGCUACAGAGGGAAAAGGAGGCAUGAAGAUGCAGGUGCAUAUACAGAAUACCAUGCAUAGUGCUGGGAUUUUAUCCUGUAUUUUCUCCUGUCUUUUCUCAGUUGUCCCUCUCCUCUUGUAUUUAACGAUUUCACAGUUACAUUUAUAUAUAAAAAGCAUACCACUUCUUUCUAUGGACAGCUUUUAUUAUAUGUAUUGUGUUAAAGGAUACCAUUUGUACUGCAGUUCUAGCAUGCUUGGAACUACACUUUUCAGUUUAACCACUUUUAUGUAACAGAAAUAAAUACAAGAAUAAAAGUGUAAAAUAA